CAGUUUUCUCAAAGCAACCCUGUCAGAAAGUAUUGAGUCGAGUAGAACAUGGACGAGAAAAAAUUAAAAUCACGUAGAAAGAAGCUAUAGUGCGGUGAAAUUAUUGAAAUUUCACCCUUUUAGUUUUGGAAAUAAUAAAUAUUUUAUUAAUAUAUGGAUAUAUUACAUAAUGUGCGGAUUAAUCGGAAAAAUAUCUGAGUGUCUAACUGCGGAUCGAAAAAAGUGAAAAGAUAUGUAAAAGAAAAAACUUUGAAUUGCAAUAACUAUGCCAUUGCAUUGGUGUGAGAAAGGGAUAACUAGACUGACAAUGAAGCAAGUGUGGCCAAUAAGUGCGAGAUAAAAGGAGUUGCUUCUAUAAUUGUCAGCUGGGUCUGUCAAAAACGAACGAAAACAGGAAAAUUUGGUUUUGUUUAGUAGGAGGAUCUGGGAUAGUGGAAAAAAUCAUUAAAUUGCAGGCAAUAAGGAGAUGAAAAUUCGAAAAAAUAGUUGCGAAGACAUUCCAGCAAUUGAAAAAAAGAGCAGCCGAAAAGGAAGUUCUGAUAAAGAAGGGUACGAAGUGGGGGAAAAAGAGAAACGCGAUAAAAGUAGACUUGAUGAAAAUGAUUUGAAUAGUGAGUCGAUACAAAGGGAAAACGAAAUAAAAAACGGGAACGAAUAAACGACGCACGACUUUAUCCAUCCACCACUAUUCAUGGGUAGGAAGAAAAGUGAUGCGAUAAAUCUGAGAUCUACAGAAGAAAUGUGCUUUAGAGGCUCUAGAAAAAUUGCAGAAAAAACGUAACGCCAGAAUUUUGGAUAUAAAACCAAGUCAAGCUUGACUACAAAAGCUCGCCUUUCUCAUCUUUGUAUCGUUGGAUUUUCCAGGUUCAAAAUGAGUCCACAGGUCAGAUUUCGUCGUUUUAUAGCAAUAAUCGGAUAGGACCUUAAUCUGCCUUCAUACGCUAAGAGUAUGAGAACGACCUUAUUGGGUACAUCAAUAUUUUAUCGCCCAACAACAUCCCAACAAAGCAAAAACUCGCUGAAAAUGGAAACCCAUUCAUCUUCUGUGCGACAGAAAAUGAUCGCCGAUCCUAUGGAAGAAAAAAACGAGCAAGUGAAUCUCUUGAGCGAAGAGGAGGAGAAGGAUCCAUUAGCAUUAGAUACAGCGAUCGAACAGCACAGCUCGCGAAGUAAGCUAUCAAGCAACGCAAAGCACAGCCACAGUUUACGGCGUCAUGUUCCUCGUAUCAUCGUUAAACCUAUACCACCCGAGAAAAAGGUUGCAGUCACGUCGACAGCAACAUUGAGUAGUAACGCUGCAAUGUCCACUGCUACUGCCAAUACUGUGAUCAAUACCGCUGGUGGAAAGAACACAACACCGAGCCCUUCGAGCCGUGCCAGUAGCAGUCGUCGUGCACAACAACAAGCCAAAGCUGCGGUAGCCGCCACGCCAUUAACCGGAGCCGCAUCUUUAACAACACCCUUAACAGCCAUCACACAAGCGUCCACAAUGCGUGAAGUUCUCGCAUCCAUACCCGGGUUUAGUUUUAAGCCCCGUAGACGUUCUUCCAAGAAAAUUUCCACUGCUGCUCAAAUUGAGCAGACAAAGGAUGGAAAAAUAGACCUCGAAACACCAGACUCAAUAUUAGCAUCUACGAAUUUGAGAGCCUUACUCAACAAACAAACCUUUUCUAUGCUGCCUCCAUUAUAUCAGUAUAACCUCAUUCAAUUGCUACCGAGCGUGGAUCGCGAAGCCAUCGAAGUUGAACGCAAGAACACUACUGACUCCACGGCUCCCAUGGAAGCUAUAAAAUUGGGGCCAUCCAGUCUAAAUAAUGAGUUCUUUGCACGUGCCUGCUUGGAAUGGCGUGAACGAUUGGCGGAAGGUGAAUUCACACCUGAAAAUCAAAUGAAAAUGAAAACAGAAGCCGAGAGGGAAAAGAACAAAUUAGAUCCAUGGAAAUUGAAACAUUUUGAGCCCAUAUGGGGCGAAAAAUCCUACAAUCGCGCCAGUAGCACCAGUAGUAGUAGCAGCAAUAUAAGUUACAGUAGUGGCAAAAGCAGUGAUAGUUAUACUAAUCUAAUGGAUGAGCGUCUUGAGUUUAAAUUGGAAAGCAAAGGCGGUCUGGUUGCUACAAUUGUGAAGACAUCAACUAAAACGUCAGCGACAUCCACGGCUACAUCAUUAGCUGCCUCUGCGGCAGCAACUUCAACGACGACGGCAACUGUGGCAUCGGCAGCGAGCACUGAAAGUGCCGAAAACACAACAUCCUCAUCAUCUGUAGAUGUGAAAGAGGAGGAUGAAGAAUUUAUGGAUGAACCGCUGGCAAAUAUAAGUGUAAAUACUAUUAAAACAGAGCUGAAAAUACAACCCGAACAGCUGCACAAGCAGGAGUAUACGGAAAGCUCUACUACCGAUUACGAAAAACAGACUGACACAUUUUGUGAUCUGGAAAAUAUUGGCUGCACAGAUUCAUCCUCUACAUUUGACCUAUUACGCUCAGACUGUGGUGGUAUUCAAAACAAACCAAUAGCUGCAGAAUCUAAAAUUACCUUAACGCUAAGCGCGUUGGAACAUGAAAGACAAAAUGAAUGUGGGAGUAGUGGUAAUAUACGCAAACGUUCGGAGUCAGAGUUUGCUUAUGAAAAUCGAACACAAAGCAAACAAAUGAAAAUAGAAACACAAAAGGGACAGGAACAACAUCCAAAUCCACAUCCACAUGAUUAUGAUAUUACUGACUCAGCAACCAGUAUAGAACGUGAGAUAAGCCAUCUUGCUGGUGACGAUCCCAAAAACACACUCUCUCCAUCCGUAUCAUCGGCUACUUCAAGUUCCCAAGAGUUGAAUGGCAGCAUUAGCUUAACAACAAACUCAUCCUCAACAAAAGCGCUUACCACCGAAAGUUUCAUGUAUAAUAGCAAUCUUUACACUGCUAAAUUCGAACAGCAACCCGCUGAUCUGCUACUAAAGGAUACGAUCUCUUCAAUUAGUAGUGAAGAAUGUGCCAGUGUGAAUACCUUACCUGAUGUGGUAAUGAAAACGUCAAAUUUCCUACAAAACCAAGAUACUUCCUUUGCGGCAAUUACGACAGUGGGAAAUAGUACCUGUAACAGUAUUGAAACACUUCUGCCAACAACGUCGUCGUUUGUGAACGUGAAUGCAAUAUUGCCAUCAACGGUGUCACCUAGACCAAGCGGAGGUAUAACAUUACAACAGUCCUUCCCAUCACAAGGAAAGCAAAUAAACGCGGCGUCUAUAAUUUCAUUGGAAGACGGGGAGGAUGACGACGAGGAGCUGAUCGAACAAAAGUUUGCUGAUGCACACAAUUACGUGUUGGAAUCUGGCGAAGUUAGUACGGAUAGCAGUGCAGGUGCAAACAGCGCUUUACUUACACCAGCGGACAGUGGUAGCUUAAAGGAAAAGAAAUUUAUUUUCUGUGAUUCAGUAGACCAAGGCGCAACAUCCCAUGCUUGUGACAAUCUUUUCGGAAAUAAACAAGAAGUUGGCAGUGGCAUAUCGUCAGCGGCCACAUCUUCUGCCUCCUCGUCCUCUUCAUCUUCAAUGACCUCAGCACCGACGACCAGUGGAGACAUGAUGUAUUCCACAACGGCUCAACUGUCUAUCACCGCAAGACAAUCGCCCGAGCAAAAGCAGCAAGAACAGCAGCAAGAUAUUAUAUUGUCGAUGGCUGAGAAGAGUGAAGAUUUAUUUCAUCAUGUGCAACAUGAUUGGAAUUUCGGCGGCAUAAAAUUGGAACAGUCCACAGAAGCAGCGUCAAGUAGUUUUAACGGUGUGAUUCAAACGCAUCAAGGCGUUAUAAAAGUAAAAAAUUUAAAUACGAUUUCAGUUGGAGAUGUGGCUAUGCCAAGCGUGGAAGCAACUCAAACUGAAGAAGUCGUAGAUUGUAUAGGUGUAGAGGGGGGUGAUGAUGCAGCGGCGAUUGUUAAUUGCGGAGCUGUGAAUGCCGGCGUUGAUGUUGGCGUUGGCGAGGGCGAUGGAGACGAUAAUGACGUUAUCGGGGUGGAGGCUGAUGAAGAUGACGAUGACGAGGCGGAGGAGGAGGAUGAGGAAGACGAUGAUGACCCGGAUGAUAGUGAUGCUGUACGUGAUAUAGUUGACGAAUUACAACAACAGCAUCGCCAACUACUCAAAGAGCAGCAACAACAGCUACAGCAGCAACAGCAACUUGAGCAACAACAGGAAUUGCAAGAACCCGAAAAUCCAGAGCAGCGUGGCCAUUUAACUUACGAGCAAGGUGACUAUGAGUUGAGCUCAGAUUUGAUAAGUGACGUUCAAAUGGCGGCUAACGAAAUGGAAGUGUCCAGUACCGUAAUAACCAAUAGCAAUUCGGAUGACAGCGUUAAUGAAAUGAAUAUGGGCUGUAGUAGCAGUCGCCCUGAUAGUGGCGUCAGCGGUGGCAAUCUCACCAUACAGUUGAAUACACCGUCGCCAGCACCGACCAUUGGCCAUUUACAUCAGCAGCAAGUGCAACAGCCGCAGCAGCAACCACCACAGCAAACUUCAUCGGAGCGGCAAAAUACGCCCCAGCGACAAAUACUCGUCGAUACGAAUGGCCAAAUUAUAGGCAAUUUCCUCGUACAGCACCAACAACAACAGCAGCAUCAUCAACCGCAACAACAACACUUAGAACACCAACAGCAACUUUUGCAUCAUGCAGCACAGCAAUUUACCUUUCCGGCAGCACAACCUCAAGCCCAACAACAACAACAACAGCAACAGCAGGUCCACACUAUAGCACUGUCGACACAACAACAUCUGCAGCAGCAGCAGCAGCAGCAACAACAACAACAGCAACAACAACAACAUGCACAUAAGUCUCAUCAUGCUCUGUCGACAUUACGUAAAGCCAUAGAGUUGAGCACGAACGGUCAGCACUACCUAACGCCAGGCGCCAUAGCGGCUCAGCAGCAUAUUGGCCAACAAUUGGUGCUACAGCAGCAGCAAGCGCCGCAACAGAGACACUUUCUGACACAGUCACAGGUUCCUACAGUGUCCGCGGCUGCUAAUUGCAAUAUGGUUUCUGCUAGUCCAACUCAGCAGCAGCAUCACAUUCAAGUGCAACAACAACUUCAGCGCUUUCAGCAGCAGCAGCAGCAUCAGCAGCAACAACAACAACAGCAACAGCAUAUGCCCGCCUUUCAAUCAUUGGCCACUCAAGCGCAAUCAAACGCUGCAAAAUAUAUUUCAAAGCAAAUGAACCUUAUUACAAUGUCUCGUGGCACAGCAGCAGCAGCAGGAACAGUUGCCGGUACAAAUGCAAGCAUCGCCUCGGUAACUAUACCGUCAGGUGCAUCUGUGAGUACCUACCCACCUUUUAGUAGCGCCAUCGCUGGUUCAGCGCGUUCAGCUGAGCUUAUAGUGAAUGCUGCCUCCAAUAUCGGUAAUGUAAGUACAACGAAUGUCAGCAUUGCCAGUGCCAUGAAAGGUCUAACACAAGCCGGCAUCCCGACCACAAUAGCCCAGCAGCGGCCAACAAGUAAAUUAGCAACCGGCAAAGGGCGUAAAACGGUAAAUAAAUUGCCACCCGGUGCAGUUAAUUUAGAGCGUAGCUAUCAGAUCUGCCAAGCAGUUAUCCAAAACAGUCCAAAUCGCGAAAAUUUGAAGGCGCAGUUGCGACCACCGUCGGCAAUUUUGAAUCAACAGCAGCAGCAUCAACCUCCGCAGCAACAACAACAGCAGCAGCUGCCACAAAGUAACGUUGCUACGGCUUUAACAUUGCCAUGCACAGGAGCCGGAGUAGCCGCGCCGGCAGCAACACAAUCAACUGCCGCCAUAUCUGUAGCAAGUUCGGCACAUCAAGCGCCCGCAUCAAGCGCCUCUUCAUCGCAGAGUUUUAUCAAACAAGAGGACCUGACAAGCAUUCCCGCAAAUAUAAUGGGCGUUGGACGUCCUGGCGUAUAUAAGGUUAUUGGUCCGCGAAUGGGAUUUCCACGUAAGAAGUAUGUUCAACGAAAACCUUCACCCACGCUUAUAAGACAUUUUUUCACACCACAAACGGCCAACGCACUACAUACUAAUGUUGCGGCAAAUCCGCGAUUGCAUCAGCAAUUAACGGUGGCAGCAGCUGCAGCGGCAGCGGCAGCUCAACAACAACAGCAACAACAUCACCAGCAACACGAUUUGCAUCAAAAUGGAAAUGGUGGUGGUCAAUAUGUGUUGGUGCAUCGAGCAAAUGUAGGCGCAGCUGAUAAUCAGGCACCGCGGGCAUCUAGCGCACCGCCGGUACCACAAACAACACAGAGUCAACUGCACAAUAUGAAUGGAAUACCGAUAACAGGACGCGGGCGUCCUGCUUCCGUCGAUAUUGAUGCUUCAAAUGCAAUGCUUGACCAUAAUGCGCAUCAACAACACCAACAGCAACAGCAUCUUCAUCAUCAAAUAAAUGCUAUUAAAUCGAAUGCCUCUACAACGAUGAGACGCAAUUUUACAUCAGGCAACGUUGCGUAUAUAGAUAAUCUAAGUGGUGCGACAACUUUGGCCGAUGGCAAUUAUAUAGUUACAGCAACAAACGCUGGAUCGCUGGAUGCCGAACAAUUGGUAAGCAAGGCCGUUACCGUAGCCGCUGCCGCUGCUGCCGCCGCUGCUGCAGCUGGUGGUGGAGGCGGCGGUGUAGGUGGUGGCAGUGGGAGUUUCACCCGAACACCAGAAGCGGACAAUUGUGCCUGCUCGUUAAACGCAAUGGUUAUUUGCCAACAAUGUGGCGCAUUCUGUCAUGACGAUUGUAUGAGUGCAUCGAAGGUGUGUGUCUCUUGUGUGAUCAGAUGAGAGGAUGAAGUCUCUGUAAUAACCUUUUAGGCCUUGCGCACAUUGAGUAGAAGUUAUUGUGGUUCUGCACUAAACAAAAUACAACAAUAGAUAUACAUAUAAAUAUAAAUAUAUAUAAAUAGAUAUAUAGAAUAUACGUAGAUAUAUUUACACCAAUAUAUCAACUAAAACACGAAUUCUGAAUUCUACGAAAAAAAGCAACAGCAAAAAGCAUAACAUAAAUAACUCAAAUUACCAGUUGGCAAAUGCAUAAAUAUGUAUGUAAAAAAAAAAAAAGAAGUUGCUCUGCUAAAAAUGCUUUAUGCAAAUUUACGCUGAAGUCCAAGCACAUAUGUAUUGCUACCGUUCUUUUCCAUCAUGCGAUGAGAUAGAUGUUAGCGCUUGCACAUUAGGUUCGAGAAGCUUAACAUUACUUGAUUUUUAUUUUUACAUAUAUUAGUGGGUUAAAGGUAGAAAAUAUUCGAGCACAUCAACUCGGAGU